GUCUAACUGUGCUCUGGCUCCUCCUAUGGUAUCUUAACAUCCACCAUGAAGAGGAAGUGGAUUAAUUGCACUCUUUGAAAUCACCAUUGGUGGACUUGGUGCUGCCAAGAGACUGUAAACACAGACAUUUUAAUUUGUUAAUAAAGCUAGAUUCACUAAACCUCACUCAAGAGAUCAUCUACAAUGGCUAAAAUGAAUUACCUGUGGGAUUCAACAGCUUUUACAGAUAAUGUAUACAUAUCAAAACGAAGUAUUAGAAAGAUUCUCAUCAGCAAGAGGCAUUAUCUGCCUGUGGAGAGUAACAUUACUGACACUGUGAAAAUGAACUUUAAUCUGCCCAGUGAAAAGGACAUCAGUGCUUCUGCCAGUUGUGAUGAAAGUAAAAACAACAGAAGCCAAGAGAAUUCUAGAAGUCAAGCUACAUGCCACCUUCAUGAGAGGCAUUCUGAACAAUCCUCUGAAAAGGAGAGAGAAGUGGAUGUAACUGAUGUGAAGGCUGAGCCUGGAUCUGACCCUCAGCCUGGAUCUGAUUCCCGACUGAAUCAUGAGCACUUGGAAGCGACCAGCAUCCCCAACAUGAAAGUGAAGCAGGAGGUGGAAAUCACUGCGCCAUAUGAUCUGGCAGCAGUUCCACAAGAUCAGCAGGAGACUGUGGGGGAUGAAUGCGAGGUUGAGGGUAACAGAGUGGACAGCCUGAAUUCUUCUCAGAUUCAGGUUUUAAAAAGACAUUUUGUCUUUGCAGGCAUGAAAAAGCGAGGAAUGGAAGGAGACACGGAAAACCGUCCAUACAAGUGCCCCUACUGCAACUGGGCUUUCAAAAGGUCUAGCAACCUUUUGAGUCAUAUCGAUACUCACCAAGGUCUUAAACCACAUGUUUGUGACCUGUGUGGGAAGGCCUACUCGCACCAAGGUACUCUUCAGCAGCACAAGCGGCUACACACGGGCGAAAGACCAUACCAAUGCCCAUUUUGUGAGAAAAGCUACAUUUGGUCCUCUGACUUCCGUAAACACAUCCGAACGCAUACCGGAGAGAAGCCGUACACCUGUAAGGAAUGUGGAAAGGACUUUGUGCGUUCCUCAGACCUGCGGAAGCACGAGCGCAACAUGCACACCAACAACAAGCCAUUCCUCUGCAAGCAGUGUGGCCAAACCUUCAACAAACCCCUAUCUCUUCUCCGUCAUGAGCGCAAGCAUUUGGGUGAGAGGCCCUUUGUUUGCCCGGAGUGCGGGAAAGCAUUUGCCCUGGCCAGUCGCAUGACAGAGCACAGGAAAAUCCACAGCAGCGUGCGUCCCUACACCUGCUCCGUUUGCUCCAAAGCUUUCACCAAGUCCUCGAACCUCGCUGAACAUCUCUCAGUUCACAGCGGAGAGCGGCCACACAAGUGCUCAGAGUGUGGACUGGCAUUUGCAAUGGUGUCUCGGCUAGUGCGACACCAGCGUAUUCACACAGCUGUCCGCUCUUAUCACUGCCAAGCCUGCGAUAUGUCAUUCAGCUACCUCACGGAACUCAAGAGGCAUCAGAAGCAGCAUAGAGAGGGCACAAUCUUUGUAUGUGGGCAGUGCAGUAAAUCUUUCCCACAGGAUUCCCUGCUUACAGAACACAUGCAGAGCCAUGCUGACGCUGAGACUUGCAUUUCCUAAGUACUGUUACUGAAGUAACUGGAGGAUAGCAAUCUGUUUAAUUCUUAUUCUGAGGUCACCGUAGCCACCCAGACCCAGCCGGCAGACCAGAUGGUGGAUCAGCACCUAGAGACGACCUCUACAGCCCUGAAUACCAGCUGAAACCAUGUUAACUAGACCCUGCGAAGACCUCGUCAACUAGACAGCUAUUGGGACAAGACCACGGAAACCAGUCAAGUCUUCUGAAGUUUUUUUCUUCAUUUUUAUAACUGACUUUAACUGAAUUUUUUUUACUGUUUGUUAAUGUCCUCUUCUAUGUAAACAAAAAGCCUAUUUCUCUAAAAUAUUGUUCAAAAAUCUGUCUAAAUCUGUGUCAGUGAGCACUUCUCCUUUGCCGAGACAAUCCAUCCACCUCAUAUGUGUGGCAUAUCAAGAUAUGCUGAUUAUACAGCAUGACACAGGUGUGCCUUAGGCUGGCCACAAUAAAAGGCCACUCUGAAAUGUGCAGUUUAUACAGCACAAUGCCACAGAUGUCGCAAGUUUUGAGGGAGCAUGCAAUUGGCAUGCUGACUGCAGGGAUGUCCACCAGAGCUGUUGCCUGUGAAACGAAUGUUCAUUUCUUUACCAUUAGCCAUCUACAAAGGUGUUUCAUAGAAUUUGGCAUCCAAUUGGCCUCACAACCACAGACCACGUGUAACCACACAACCCCUGGACCUCCACAUCCAGCAUCUUCACCUCCAAGAUCGUCUGAGUCCAGCUAACCGGACAGCUGCUGCAACAAUCGGUUUGCAUAAAAAAUGAUUUCUGAACAAACUGUCAAGCUCAUCUACAUGCUUGUCGUCCUCAUCGGGGUCUCGACCUGACUGCAGUUCAUCAUCGUAUGUGACUUCAGUGGGCAAAUGCUCACAUUUGAUGGCGUUCGGCACUUUGGAGAGGUAUUCUCUUCACAGAAGAUGGAUUUCACUGUAUAGAGCAGAUGGCAAACAGCGUGCAUGGCGUGGUGUGGUGUGGGUGAGCAGUUUGCUGAUGUCAAUGUUGUGGAUCGAGUGGCCCAUGGGGAUGGUGGGGUUAUGGUAUGGGCAGCCAUAUGUUAUGGACAAUGAAUACAGGUGCAUUUUAUUGAUGACAUUUUGAAUGUACAGAGAUACCAUGACGAGAUCUUGAGGCCCAUUGUUGUGCCAUUCAUCCAUGACCAUCACCUCAUGUUGCAGCAUCAUAAUGCACUAUCCCAUGUUGCAAGGAUUUGUACACAAUUCCUGGAAGCUGAAAACAUCCCAGUUCUUUCAUGGCCAGCAUACUCACCGUUCAUGUCACCCAUUGCGCAUGUUUGGGAUGCUCUGGAUCGGCGUAUACGGCAGUGUGUUCCAGUUCCUGCCAAUAUCCAGCAACUUUGCACAACCAUUCCACAGGCCACAAUAUUUGAGAGAAAUAGGCCUUUUGUGUACAUAGAAAAAGUCUUAGAUCUUUGAGUUUAGCUCAUGAAAAAUGGGGACAAAAACAAAAGUGUAGCAUUUAUAAUUUCGUUCAGCGUAUAUAUACAUAUAUAUCUAUCUAUCUAUCUAUCUAUCUAUCUAUCUAUAU